CUUAUCUAUGAUCUUAAGCACAAUAUAUUUCUAUAUAGUAAUCUGGAAUAGUAAUAUACACAAUGACAAAAUAGCUAUUCAUAUUAUAAUUUGUGAUUCCAUAGUAGAUGAUAAUUUUCAAUAUUUUAUACUGGUACAUAGGACGGUAGUAAGUUGGUACUAGACAGGUAGUUAAUAGUUACUACUUAUUACGUACCGAAACGUCGAAACAUUAGAGAAACAGCAUUUUUAAGUUUUCAUUAGUUUAAUAAAUUAAAUAUUCUAGUAUAUAAUAUAAAAUAAUUUUACCAUGUUUUUAAACGUCACCAAAAACAUGUCGCUGACAAAAAUCAUUACAAGAACUUUCAGAACAACCGCAACCAGAUACAGAAUAAUUAAAAUUCAAGAUCAAGAAGACUUCAAUAAACAAGUACUUAAUAGUAAAGAGCCUGUGGUGAUAGAUUUUUUUGCUACUUGGUGUGGACCAUGUAAAAUGUUACUUCCUCGAGUAGAAAAAAUAAUAGAAGAAUAUAAAGAUACAAUUCAUCUUGCCAAAGUUGAUAUUGAUGACAAUGCUGAAAUUGCCAUGGAGUAUGGUGUCUCAGUUGUACCAGAACUAGUAUUAAUGAAAGAUGGAAAAGUUCAAGGAAAAAUGAUUGGACUACAAGAUGAAGAUAAACUUAAAGAUUUUAUUUCAAAGCUAACUGAGCCUACAAUAGAAAAUAAAUAAUAUAUUUAAUUUAUGAAAUUAUGAAAUAUAAGUUAUUAGAUUCAGUUAGA